UAAACUUCCUCGCAGUCCCUACUUCUCUUUCUGUUUUCUAUCUUUUAUGUACAGAAAGAUGACACAACCAUUUUUGUUCCUUAAAAAACAUAGCCAUUCAUCAACAACGUUGCCAAUGGGUGCAGACAUGUCCAACAAUCCACCUCCUACUUCUCAUGCCAAAGACUUCUUUGCCUCUCCAGCUCUCUCUCUAAGCCUUGCUGGAAUUUUUCGCCAUGCCGGGGUGGCGGCGGAGGCUGAGGUGGGAACUUCGGUGGAGGAGGGCGACGAGGGAAGUGGAGGAGGUGAGCGGCGAGAUGACACAGUUGAGAUUAGCAGCGAGAACUCUGGUCCCACGAGAUCAAGAUCAGAGGAUGAUUUUGAAGGAGAAGGUGAACAUGACGAGGAUGAUGAUGGUGAUGGGGAUAAGAACAAGAAGAAGAAGAAGAGGAAGAAAUAUCACAGGCACACCGCUGAGCAAAUCAGAGAAAUGGAAACGCUUUUCAAAGAGUCCCCACAUCCUGAUGAAAAGCAAAGGCAACAACUUAGCAAGCAAUUAGGCCUUGCUCCAAGGCAAGUCAAGUUUUGGUUCCAAAAUCGUCGAACCCAAAUCAAGGCAAUACAAGAGCGUCAUGAAAAUUCUUUGUUGAAGACAGAAAUAGACAAACUAAAGGAGAAAAAUAAGACCUUGCGAGAUACCAUAAACAGGGCAUGUUGCCCCAACUGUGGUGUGGCCACAACAAGCAGAGAUGGUGCCAUGCCAACUGAAGAACAACAACUCCGAAUUGAAAAUGCCAAACUCAAAGCUGAGGUAGAGAAGCUCAGAACAACUUUAGGGAAAUACGCACCAGGUACAAUGUCCCCUUCAUGUUCUGCAGGCCAUGACCAAGAGAAUAGAAGCUCUUUGGAUUUUUACACUGGAAUUUUUGGUCUUGAUAAGUCAAGGAUAAUGGAUAUAGUAAACCAAGCAAUGGAUGAGCUCAUAAAGAUGGCUACAGUAGGGGAACCAUUAUGGCUUCGUAGCUUUGAGACUGGUCGAGAAAUUCUUAACUAUGAUGAAUACAUGAAGGAGUUCACAGUUGAAAAUUCAAACAAUGGAAGGCCAAAGAGAUCCAUCGAAGCCUCAAGAGAGACUGGUGUUGUUUUUGUUGAUCUCUCUCGGCUUGUCCAAAGUUUUCUAGAUGCUAAUCAAUGGAAGGAGAUGUUUCCAUGUUUAAUAACUAAGGCGGCAACUGUUGAUAUUAUAUGCAAUGGAGAAGGUUCUAACAGGAAUGGCGCAGUGCAACUGAUGUUUGCUGAGGUGCAAAUGCUCACACCAAUGGUGCCCACAAGAGAAGUGUAUUUUGUCAGGUACUGCAAACAGUUGAGUGCUGAACAGUGGGCAAUCGUUGAUGUAUCCAUAGACAAAGUAGAAGACAACAUCGACGCAUCCCUCGUGAAAUGCAGAAAACGCCCAUCAGGUUGCAUUAUUGAAGACAAUUCGAAUGGUCAUUGCAAAGUAAUCUGGGUGGAGCACUUGGAAUGCCAGAAGAGCACAGUCCAUACAAUGUAUCGCACCAUUGUCAACAGUGGUCUAGCCUUUGGGGCAAGGCACUGGAUUGCAACACUGCAACUUCAAUGUGAACGUCUAGUUUUCUUCAUGGCAACAAAUGUUCCCAUGAAGGAUUCAACCGGUGUUGCCACAUUGGCUGGGAGAAAAAGCAUUCUGAAGUUGGCACAAAGAAUGACAUGGAGUUUCUGCCAUGCAAUUGGCGCGUCAAGUUUCCAUACAUGGACUAAGGUUACAAGCAAAACAGGAGAAGACAUAAGGAUUAGUUCUAGAAAGAACUUGAACGAUCCUGGUGAACCUCUUGGGUUGAUAUUGUGCGCAGUUUCUUCUGUAUGGUUACCUGUUUCUCCUAAUGUUCUAUUUGAUUUCUUGAGGGAUGAAGCUCGCAGAACUGAGUGGGAUAUCAUGUCCAGUGGUGGAUCAGUGCAGUCCAUUGCAAAUUUAUCCAAAGGACAAGACAGAGGCAAUGCUGUAACCAUCCAAACAAUUAAAUCUCAAGAAAAUAGUAUGUGGAUACUGCAAGAUAGCUGCACAAAUCCUUAUGAGUCAAUGGUGGUAUAUGCUCCUGUGGACAUUACUGGUAUUCAGUCUGUGAUGACAGGAUGUGAUUCAAGCAAUCUUGCCAUUCUUCCAUCUGGAUUCUCAAUUGUUCCUGAUGGUCUCGAGUCAAGGCCAAUGGUCAUUACUUCAAGGCAGGAAGAAAAGAAUACAGAGGGAGGAUCUUUAUUUACAAUAGCAUUCCAGAUCCUUACUAAUGCUUCUCCUACAGCCAAGUUAACAGUUGAGUCUGUGGACUCGGUCAACACUCUUUUGUCUUGUACAUUGAGAAAUAUCAGAACAAGUUUACAAUGCGAAGAUGGUUAGUCAAAAUCAGAUAAUUACUUGAUAGACUUUAAUUAGGGGUGAUAAUGUUAUGCCUUUCUAUUCCCUUUUUGGGUUGUAUUCUUCGGUUUGGCAGAAAUAGCUUGCGUUUGUCCCCUUAUUCUGGGUUACUUAUAUUCAUUAUUCCAUUAAAAAGGACGGUUUGGAUUGAAAAUUUAUAUAUCUGUAUCUGCAGUUUUACAGGUAUAAAGAGACACAAAAAGCUUUUAGAACGUAGA